GCCCGUGCCGUGGUGGGCGUGGCCGGGGCGGAGACGCGAGGAGGGGAGCAGAGAACGCGCUCGCGUAGAGGAAUUCCGGGUCCUGCUCCUCCUCGCCCUACCUUGGUUUACCUGCAGCCGCCUAGUCCUCUUCUCCUUCUCUUUGAUGAUUCAGGGCCUCGGCUUCCCUCACGAUAUUGCAGAAAGACACAGCUUUCCUCUUCCUCUCCAAACCACCUCGAAGCAGGGGCAUAAUUGGAAUAUCAUUUGGAGAAAGUGUCAUGGAAGUUCUGCGUCCACAGCUUAUAAGAAUUGAUGGCCGGAAUUACAGGAAGAAUCCAGUCCAAGAACAGACCUAUCAACAUGAAGAAGAUGAAGAGGACUUCUAUCGAGGCUCCAUGGAGUGUGCUGAUGAGCCCUGUGAUGCCUACGAGGUGGAGCAGACCCCACAAGGAUUCCGGUCUACUUUGAGGGCCCCCAGCUUGCUCUAUAAGCAUAUAGUUGGAAAGAGAGGGGACACUAGGAAGAAAAUAGAAAUGGAGACCAAAACUUCUAUUAGCAUUCCUAAACCUGGACAAGACGGGGAAAUUGUAAUCACUGGCCAGCAUCGAAAUGGUGUAAUUUCAGCCCGAACACGGAUUGAUGUUCUUUUGGACACUUUUCGAAGAAAGCAGCCCUUCACUCACUUCCUUGCCUUUUUCCUCAAUGAAGUUGAGGUUCAGGAAGGAUUCCUGAGAUUCCAGGAGGAAGUACUGGCGAAGUGCUCCAUGGAUCAUGGAGUUGACAGCAGCAUUUUCCAGAAUCCUAAAAAGCUUCAUCUAACUAUUGGGAUGUUGGUGCUUUUGAGUGAGGAAGAGAUCCAGCAGACAUGUGAGAUGCUACAGCAGUGUAAAGAGGAAUUCAUUAAUGAUAUUUCUGGGGGUAAACCCCUAGAAGUGGAGAUGGCAGGGAUAGAAUACAUGAAUGAUGAUCCUGGCAUGGUGGAUGUUCUUUAUGCCAAAGUUCAUAUGAAAGAUGGCUCCAACAGGCUACAAGAAUUAGUUGAUCGAGUGCUGGAACGUUUUCAGGCAUCUGGACUAAUAGUGAAAGAGUGGAAUAGUGUGAAACUGCAUGCUACAGUUAUGAAUACACUAUUCAGGAAAGACCCCAAUGCUGAAGGCAGGUACAAUCUCUACACAGCGGAUGGCAAAUGUAUCUUCAAGGAAAGAGAAUCAUUUGAUGGCCGAAAUAUUUUAAAGGUGUCUCUGAUGCAUAUUCUCAGAGCCUACCAGGAAAAUCCUAGAAUCGAGAAGGGCUUGGGACACAGAGAGCUAGUGGUUGUUUGAGAACUUCUACUUUGGCUCCCUAAAGCUGAAUUCAAUUCACAUCUCUCAGAGGUUCACCGUAGACAGCUUUGGAAACUACGCUUCCUGUGGACAAAUUGACUUCUCCUGAGGUGGAUCUUGGAAAGCACUAGAAACUAAACAUCUUCACCAGGUGCUGAAGAAAAGUGUCUUCGUUUUAAUUGCCAAGCAGAGAUGUGGACAUUUGGAUGGUGACUUUCCUGGGUGGUUCCCCAUAGAUUCACCAUUGCCUCUAAUGGUGUCUACAGCCAUCAUACUACCAGCUGAGAUGGUGGUGGGCAUAAGGAGAAUUUGUGCCUAUAACCCUUAGUGUGUUCUGGUUUUUUUUCUUUUAAUUUUUAAAUUGUCGUAAAAUACUCAUAAAACAUACUGUCUUCACCAUUUUUAAGUGCACAGUUCAGUGACGUUAACUGUUAAUACAUUCAUAAUGCUGUGUGGCCGUCACCGCCGUCCAUCUCCAUAGGCUUCUCAGCUUGUAAAAUGGAAACUGUACCCAUUAAACAGUAAUUCCCACUCCUCCCAGCCCCCGCAGCCACCAUUCUGCUUUCUGUCUCUCUGGUUUUGACUAUUCUCAGUAUCUCAUAUAAGUGGAAUCAUACAGUGACUUGUCUUUUUGUGACUGGCUUAUUUCACUUAGCAUAAUGUCCUCAAGGUUCAUCCAUGUUGUGUCAGGUGACAGGAUUUCCUUCCUGUAUUAUACAUAUAAUGGAAUGUUCCGUUACAUGUGUGUACCACACUCUGUUCCUCCAUCAGUGAACACUUGGCUUGCUUCCUCUUGACUAUUGGCAGUAGUGCUAAUACAGACACGGGGGUGCAAAUAUCUCUUUGAGACUCUGCCUUUAAUUCCUUUACCACCCAGAGUUUUAUCUUUAGCAAAAUAACCAUUAAAGUUUUUUGCCUUUUA